AUGUCUGUUGUGUCGCUCCUCGGAGUGCGGAUUAUGAACAAUCCUGCCUCAUUCACCUCGCCAUAUGAAUUCGAGAUUACGUUUGAAUGCGGUGAACAACUCAAAGACGACCUGGAGUGGAAGCUGACAUACGUUGGUUCUGCCACAUCCGCUGAGCACGACCAGGAACUGGAUACACUACUCGUCGGCCCCAUUCCGAUUGGCGUCAACAAGUUCAUAUUCGAGGCCGAUCCCCCUAACUUGGCACGUCUUCCCUCGUCCGAGAUCCUUGGUGUCACAGUCAUCCUCCUCACCUGCUCCUACGACGGCAGAGAAUUCGUGCGAGUCGGCUACUACGUCAACAAUGAAUAUGAUACGGAGGAGCUAAACAAGGAGCCACCCGCAAAGCCGAUCAUCGAGCGUGUGCGUCGCAACAUUCUUGCUGAGAAGCCUAGAGUAACGAGGUUCGCUAUCAAGUGGUACGUUGCUCCUGUCUCCCGGUGCGGCGCAGAGUGUGCCGAGCUGUUUCGCAAAUUGUCCGCUGUAACAUUUGUUCCCAGCACGGGAUUCCGAAGAUUCGCUCCCGCCCAAUACCCUCCAGAGCAACCCGAUGCCGACCAGCUUGAUGACGACGAGACUAAGUAUGGUGCCGAGGAAGCCGAGAUGCAAGCCGCAUUGGAGCAAGAGCUUGAAACCAUCGAGAACGGGACUGCUAAAGAGGACGGCGAUGCUGAAAUGGCAGGUACCGAAGAAGCCGCUACCAAAAACGUCGAAGACGACGAAGUCUCUGAGGCUGGCUCCGAGGAUCUAGAGCAAGAGAGUUCGGACGACGACGAGGGCGACGAGGAGGAGGAAGACGAGGCCGAAGACGUGGAAAUGGGCGACGGAGAAGAGAAGGUCACCAACGGCCACAGCAAGCCCGAGGUGACGGCCUAA